GGCGUGAGGGUGAGCGACACACGGACCGGAAAAACGUUUAGAAUUUUCAAUACAGAGAGAGAGCUAAAAACGCAAAUCCCACAUGGGAUUACAAUAGCUAAGUUCUGUACACCCUCCUUCACGUUUCUAAACUUCAAAAAAGAGUCGACCCAAUUCCCAUUUCUCUUGUCUCUCUCUCUGUUUGGCCCUUUCUGUUCCCAGGGGCUAGAGGGGCUUUGGGAACUUGAGGUGCGUUUUUGGGAUCUUCUCAAGUGAUUUGGGUAUAUCCAGAGACGGGGUGGGAGAAAAAGAGUGUGUGAUGGAGGAGACUAAGUUGUUGCAGUGGACCGUGGUUAGAUCUCUGUUAGCAAUUCUACAAUGGUGGGGUUUCAACGUCACUGUUAUCAUCAUGAACAAGUGGAUCUUUCAGAAACUGGAUUUUAAGUUUCCUCUAUCAGUAUCGUGUAUUCAUUUCAUCUGCUCGUCCAUUGGAGCAUACAUUGUGAUUAACGUGCUGAAGCUUAAACCACUGAUAGUGGUCGACCCUGAAGAUCGCUGGAGGAGAAUAUUUCCCAUGUCAUUUGUGUUCUGUAUUAACAUUGUGCUGGGGAAUGUGAGCUUACGUUACAUCCCAGUUUCGUUUAUGCAAACAAUUAAGUCAUUCACUCCUGCUACUACGGUUGUUUUGCAGUGGCUUGUUUGGAAAAAAUACUUCAACUGGAGAAUUUGGGCUUCUUUGGUUCCCAUUGUUGGAGGAAUUCUUCUCACAUCAGUAACAGAGCUUAGUUUUAAUAUGUUUGGAUUCUGUGCUGCCUUAUUUGGCUGUCUUGCUACUUCCACAAAAACUAUCCUUGCAGAAUCUCUGUUACAUGGAUACAAAUUUGACAGCAUCAACACAGUGUACUAUAUGGCACCUUUUGCAACCAUGAUACUGGCAGUACCUGCAAUGCUACUCGAAGGUAAUGGGGUCUUGGAAUGGCUUCAAACCCACGAGUCUGUUUCUUCGUCCCUCGUCAUUAUCUUCAGCUCUGGGGUGAUGGCUUUCUGUCUUAACUUCUCCAUCUUUUAUGUGAUUCACUCCACAACUGCUGUCACAUUUAAUGUUGCUGGAAACUUGAAGGUUGCAGUUGCUGUCCUUGUUUCAUGGCUGAUAUUCCAAAACCCAAUUUCGGGUUUAAAUGCUGUUGGAUGUGCCAUUACCCUUGUUGGAUGUACGUUCUACGGGUAUGUGAGGCACAUGCUCUCACAACAGCCGCCAGGGACUCCUCGAACACCCCGAACACCGCGGAAUCUGAUGGAGCUGCUUCCGCUUGUAAAUGAUAAAAUAGAUGACAAAGUUUGACUUUUGAGAUGAAGUUGAAUGUGAGGACAUUGGCGGAGGAUCUUAUAGGGAUUUGGAUAUAAAAGGUACAAAGAAGAGAGACUUCACUCUGUCGUGUAGACGUGAUUAGUUCACUUGAAAUUUUUUAAUAUAAUCUUUUUUCAUCUAA